AUGUCGGAUGCAAACUCGAUUUUCGCACUUGUCGUCGGAAUCAACGACUACAGUGGUACAGACUUGGCCGGGGAUGGUGAACUGCCUGAGGUGGCCAAUCUCCAUUGCGCGGAGCCUGACGCCAAGAAUAUCCGCAACUUCCUCGUGAAAAGCCUGCACGUUCCAGAGGCAAACAUCGCAACCCUCUACGAUAAACAAGCCACACGAGAAGGAAUUCUCAGCUCCUUCCGCACUCAUCUGAUUGAAAAUGAGCGGAUCAAGAAGGAUGAUCCUAUACUUUUCUACUUUGCAGGACAUGGGACACGGUAUCUCGAUUUCGACCAAUACGAUGAUGAAUUCCAGGAUGAAGACGCGAAUAACAAUUAUGCGGAUACUGGAGGCCGGGAGGAACACAUGCAUGAAGCAAUCUGCCCUGCGGAUCGCAGAGCGGAUGUCGUCUGGGACAUUGAAGACUGGGAGCUUGGGGAUCUUCUCAUGGAGUUAUGGAACGAAAAGGGAGAUAACAUCACGGUUAUUAUGGAUUGUUGUCAUUCAGGUAGUGGCACAAGG